AUGGAACGCACGUGCAGCUUCUUCUCCUGCCCGCCGCUGCUAGUCGAGGGGCUUUGGCUGGCGCUCGGUGGACCGGGUAUCGUGCAGGCGGUCGCGAGGCUGCGGUCGCCCAGCCCCGAACUGCUACUGCUACUGUCGCUGUGUAAGUUGCUGCAGCCACCACUCGAGUUGCUGCUGCUGUCGCUACUACUUCGACUACGAGCGAUUAAGUUGCGACAAGCCUUGGACUUCUUCCUGCUACUGCUGCUACUGCGUCCGACGCCUUUCCUCUUCCGCCGCCGCUGGCCGUCGUCGCCUGCCGUCCUUCCUCUAGGGGAGUUCUCCCUUUCCCCCUUGUGCUGUCCUCUCGUGGCGCGUUUACGCGUCGGGAAGAGGGCGGAGGGCGGGGUGGCUGGGGACUCGCUUUGGGUUUCCUUCUUCGAGCAAGAUUUUUGCGCGGGGCAAAUACCGGCACGGCAAUAUUGAAGAGGUUUUUAUACCGGUUUUUGUUUUAAUUUGUGUGAUAAACGUAAUUUACGAAGGUUUUAGCAGGAUUAUACAGGCAUUUCACCAUUUACACCGGCUUAAAUCUGUGAAAAAUGAUAUUUCACCAAUUCUGCUUCAACC